AUUUGGUUGACUUCAAUUUUUUAGUGAAUUUUCAUCUGAGAAGUGAGCCAGAUUUUCACCAAAAAAUUGAAGUCAACCAAAUUAUUUGAUAUAUAAAAAUCGUUCGAUCCAGUUUCUGAUGCUGAUUCCGAAUAUGAUAUUUAUUUUGCACAAUAACUUAAUCAUAGUGCAGAAAAGGGUGAUUUAGGAGUGCGAUUCCUAUUUUGCUGCCUCUAUUUGGAAAAAAUCGGUAUUCUCAGCAAGAGAAGAGGAUCAGGGAAAAAAGCGAUGCCUACUUUAGUUCAACUUUAAAUGGCGAUUCGAGUGACGUGUGACGAUCGGAGAAAAGUUUCAGAACCAGGGAGGAGAUAGGUUUGCGAGAGAGGUAGCUCAUUUUUUGGAAUGCUUACUCUUGUCAAAAUUGUGGAACACAGGUAGUUCGUUUUUUUGUGACUCGAAGAUACACGAUUAGACUCAGUUUUUGAUGGGGAAUCAAUAUGUGCUUUGAAGUCGCGUAACAUAGCUGAGUGAGUAUAGAAUCGUGAUUUCGAGUGUGGUAACGAUAUUCACUAUGAGUUUUAUGUACACUGCCUUCUACUCGAAGAAUCCAUUUUCAAAAUAGACAUUUAUACACCAUUCGAUAGAGAAUUUGAAAAGCUACAUUUUACACUAUUUAUAUUUGAGAAAAGAGUUACUUCGAUUUUUGCCUAAUGUCCGCCUGGAUGCCCGCCCACUGUGCGUUACAUCUCUUGAUUUUUUAUUAAAUUCAAAAUCCGAAGAUAUCCCAAUAAUUAAAAAUACACAAUCAUCGUUAAAUCAACCACUUCCCAAAUCAACACAAGGUCGCGUCAGACCAGCAUUGCAUAUUCAGUAUCCACAGGUUGUUACUGAAUUAGAAAGAUUUUUGAAUUUACAUGCUGGUACUGCACAAGAACGAAGACGAACAGAUACUGUACAUUUUAAUGGUGUAACAACAUUACAAAUGAGAGAUCGUGUACGAUCUACAUUAGGGCAAACGUAUCAACGUUUACAGACCGUUUACUACUUGAUAUUGUAUAUCAAUAUUAUUGAUGGUAAAAUUUCAUGGAAACUUAAUGACAUGAAUUGCAAACUUUCGAACGAUGCUCAUUUUGCUUCAUCACAAGUUAAAUAUGGGUAUGAAUUGGCUGCAUUAUAUCCACAAGAAAUAAUUAGUUUAUCAUGUGAUAAUAAAUGUAAAAUUCCAAUUGGUAGUUUAGCAGACGAACCAUAUAUAACACUCUGUAAUUAUCUUGAGCUUCGUCAUAAUAUAAAUCUUAAACAAAAAUUAUUACGUAAACGCAGCCGUAGUUCUGAUCCAAUUCAACAAAAAUCUAUUCUCAGACAGAAACGCUCAAGUUCAGAAGAUAAAUCAUUAUUUAGUCAAGCUAAAAUGAACAAUAUAAAAUUUGAUCAAAAAAGGCGUGAACGUAUUCAUUAUUCAACCAGUGGAAAAAGUGCAUGUAAUGUUUAUAAUUAUGGGCAACUAUGGAAAAAAUUAAAUUUAGAUGCCUUAAUAUUAAAUAGUUGUACAUCUGGUAGUAGUCGUUAUAAUCCAGUUGAAAGAUCAAUACAAUAUGCUGGUUUUCAAUUAGAUUAUUAUCCAGUACUUUCAUAUAAUGCAACAGGUGAUACUCAUACAACGACCAGAUUAUUAUUAAUGAAAACUAAACUAGAUAAACAGUCUAAUCUAUACCAUGAUUAUAUAUUUCUAUUAAAAUAUUGUAUUCAAUCGCAUUAUUCCUAUAUGUUUAUUAAAUGUUAUGAUAAAAAAUGUUCGCAUUGUUCUAUUAAUCAAAGUCGUGCUAAUUUGACUAUGGAAUUACUUUCACUAUGUAACAAUAGAAUGCCGGUGCCCUCACCUAGUAUUAUUCAUCCUGAUCAUUUUAAUACAUUUUUACAAACUAUACAUGCAUUAUCACGAAUGACCACUAUCGACAACCAUAUGCUAAAACUUUAUGGUUCACAUUAUGAAACAUAUCGUAAAUCAAAACUAUGUGCUGCUAAACAACGAGAAUCAUUUAGAGCUCAAAAAUCAUAUUUAUCAAAAGACAACACUACCGCAUUAGCUAUAACCUGA